AGAAUCGUCUUACCUGAAGAAUCUAACAAGGAAUUCCGAGGAGGAGGAAAGAAGAAAGAAUGGCGCUUUCACAGGGACUGUUUACGUUCAAGGAUGUGGCCAUCGAAUUCUCUCAGGAGGAGUGGGAAUGGCUGGACCCUGCUCAGAGGGCCUUGUACAGGGACGUGAUGCUGGAGACCUACAGGAACCUGCUCUCCCUGAGUGAGGAUAACUUCUCUCUGGAAGUCGGAAGCCAUUCUGCUGGAUAUGCAAUCAAGGAAUUAUCACCAAGAGAGGACAUUACUAAAGGAGAAUUAUUCCAUCUAGUGACAUUAGAAAGAAGUAAAAGUCAUGGCAUCAAGGAUUUUGACCUCAAGGAAGUCUGUGCGGAUGUGCAGGAGUGUGAGAGUGAGUGGGGAUGUGAUGCGAGAGAUUAUGAAGAAGUACUUUUGGCCCAUAACAAAAAUCUUAGUCAUGGAGAAGAUCACGAUAAUAAAUCCUUAAUUAAUUUUCCUGAGAGUGUUUCUGUAAGAAGUAAUGCACGUGAAUAUUUCACGCACGACAAGCCAUUCAUAAGAAGUUUGUUAACAACAAAAAAUAACAUCAGCGUUGCUGGAAACAGAGAUCGCAAGUGUUUGGAAAGUAGACCUGGAGUGAGGCUGCAGGCCCGGGCGGCUCAGCUGCAGAGAUUUCCAGCUGAGGAGAAAGUGUACGCAUGCGGUCAAGUUGAGAAGCCAGUCAGCAGUGGUUCCUCAGUUUCACCCCUUCACAGAAUUGCUCCUAGUGUGGAAAACGCUUUGUCACCUGCACAGCCCAGGAGAGCACACACUCGAGAAAAAUCUUACAGCUGUAAUGACUGUGGGAAGGCUUUCAGCAAAAGCUCAAACCUCAGGAAUCACAGGAGAAUUCACUCUGGACAGAAACCUUACAGAUGUAAUGAGUGUGGCAAAGCCUUUAACCACCAGUCACACCUCACAACACAUCAGAGAGUGCAUACAGGAGAGAAACCUUACAAACGUCCUGAGUGUGGCAAGGUCUUUAGUCGAAAUUCACACCUUGCAAAUCAUCAGAGAAUGCACACCGGGGAGAAACCUUACAAAUGUCAUGAGUGUGGUAAAGCCUUUACCCAGUUUUCACACCUUAGUAGACAUCAGAAAAUGCAUGCUGGAGAGAAACCGCACAGAUGUUAUGAGUGUGGCAAGCAUUUUACGCAGCGUUCAAACCUUAUGGCACACCAGAGAAUUCAUACAGGAGCAAAACCUUUUAAGUGUAAUAAAUGUGAUAAGGCUUUUAUUGAACGGUCACAACUUUGGGGUCACGAGAGAACUCACACUGGAGAGAAACUUUACAAAUGUGAUGAGUGUGGCAAAGCCCUUACAAGACAUUCAUAUCUCACUCAACAUAAAACAAUCCACACUGGAGAAAAACCUUACCAAUGUCAUGAGUGUGGCAAAUCUUAUACCCAAUUUGCAAGCCUCACCAGGCAUCUCAAAAUACAUACUGAAAACGAACGUAAGCCUCACACAUGUGGCAAUGCUAUUAUUCAAACCUCAGAAGUUUAGGGAUCAUCCGAUUUCGUAGUAGAAAGAAACUUUAAAAAUAAAAUGAUUCAGACAAAAUUUAUGCGUGUGUUCAAGCCUUACUCAACCUAUGGGAGUCUGUCAGGGAGAAAGAACACGUACAGAUGGCCAGCAGGCGCAUGAAAAGAUGCUCAGAAUCACUGAUCAUCAGGGAAGUGCAAAUCAAAAGCUCAACGCGCUACCACCUCACACCUGUUUCCAACGGCUGUCAUCAGAGAGACAAUAGCAAGCGUUGGCAAUGGUGUGGAGGAAAGGGAACCCUGUGCACUGUUGCUGGGAUUGUGAAUUGGUGCCACAUUUAUGGAAAACAGUAUGGAAGCUCCUCAGAAAUUAAAAAACAGCAACAAAAACAAACCUGUUAUAUGAGCCAGGUAUUGCCCGUCUGGCUCUUUGCUGGAAGAAAAGGAAAACACUAAUUUGAGAAGAUAUAGGCACUUGAAUAUUCAUUGUAGCAUUAUUUCCAGUAGCCAAGACG